AUGUUCCUUCCGGAUCGAAGUGAAACAUUAAUCCGUUUACCGAGUCAGUCGUCAUCAAGCGAUAAUGGCAGUGAAGUAAUUUAUUGUGUUGUUGCUAACAAAGAUCGUACAAUAUACGCAUCUGUCACUUCAUCUCGUAUUUAUUUCUGUCUCGCAAACCCACAGUUGUUACUUUGUACAUAUGCUAGGUCAAGUGAAGAUGUAAAUGAAAAGGGAGAAUACCGUUUACUUUAUUGGCGGUAUGAUUCGUCAUCUAUUUGCGUUACGACUUCGAAGAAGUGUCUACUGAUCUAUCGAAUCGAAAUGAAUAGCAUUGGUAGUAGCGACAAACAAUAUUAUAAUCUGAUCGAACCUCGUGAUCAAUCACUUCAACGUUCAUCACAAGAAUUAUUCAUGAAACACAAAGGAACACGUAUUUUAGUAUCGCUUUCAGUUGUUGCUCGAUUGGAUAGUUGCGCGAUGUGUGUUGUACCGAUGCGUGAUGAGUUGUUCGUGUGUUUACGUGAUGGAUGGAUACAUCGGAUAUUGUGGGAUGGUGCUGUGCAUCACGACUUGUCUCUUCAUUUAACUCAGUUGCCAUUUGCCGUCGAUCAGUUGCAGUCGAAACCAGAGUUCAUUCACGAUCGGUCGGUGCAUGUGGUUGACGUGGCUUAUGCACCUUUAAUUGGUGGCUUUUGUGUGGUGCUUUCAAAUGGUAAAGCUGCAUUGUUGACAUCACCGAGUCCAAGAUUUCAUCCUAAGCAGCUUUUAGCUGUAUGGGCAUUGCAAAUGAACGAUGCUGUUUGUCUAUCAGUCAACCAUAAAUUUCGACUCAUUAUUUUCGGCUGUCAAAAUGGUGAUAUCGCUUCUUAUCAUUUGGACGAUUCCAAUGGAUCGCUUACACUCGCCUAUCGAACAAGUCUGCUUGUUAAGGAUGGACCUGAGAUAUUGAAUCGUGUCGGGAGUGUGAGUCACAUCGACUGUUUCACACAGGGAUCUGCAUUCGCUGUCGUUUGGUCGUCAGUGAGUUCGCAUCAGAGUGGUAGCACAAAUAUCCCUAACACCACCACAACCAUACCACCUAUACUGGCCAUCUUUAGUCCAUUCGGAGCACAGUUGUGGUGCUCAUUGGAAUCGUCAUCUGAUCGCACUGUGCGAGAUGUGAAUACUGCAUAUCGAUGGGUUGAGUGGGGUCCUGAAGGUUUCAGUCUGUGGUUAGCAUCGGAUUCGACACUCUCGAUUCUAUCCUUAGCACGAUGCAUUUCAAUCUGCAAUCCUAACAUGGAGAAUUCGGAGAGUGUCGUACUGUUGUCGUCGAAUCGAGUGUUGUUGAGCCCUGCCAAAGAGAAAGAACAAUCGGCGUGUGCACCUCAUAGUGUCUGGAAUAUAUUUUCAAUACCCAACGAAUAUUUGUCGAUGAAUUGGCCGAUACGAAUAGCAACUGUGGAUGGUGAGAAUGUGAAGUGGAUCGUUGCGGCAGGUACUCGUGGAUUUAAAGAGAAGUUGCAGGAAAGAGAUAUGCUUGUGACUGGUGGAUUGGCGAUAUGGAGAGGUUUUGUGAUGGUUGCUUGUUACGAUCUGGAUCGAGACUGUGAACAGUUGCGAUUCUAUCCGUUGGAUCGACAGCUCGACAACCAGUUUUGUAGUAGACACGAGACUGAUUCACGAGUACUGAUGUUCAGUGAGAGAGAUGAUAAGGUGAUAACGUUCGACUUGGAUGCACGUAUCUUUAUCUAUUCUCUGCAUUUGAAACCACCAACGCGAAAUCAGCUGUGCGAUCAAGUGCUUGUCGAAAGAUGUGCUGAAAUUCGAGUGAAUGACCUAGUACCUCAUCCAGCAUGCGUCGUUUCUAUUCAAAUCACUUCACUGAAUCACCAUACUGGUAUUCUUUUAUAUUUGAUAUUGUGUUUCUUUGAUCUGUUAUUAUCACAACUCAAUUUCUAUCAUAAUUCAGUGACGUUUCCAUUACGCCGUGCAGCGACGUUCUGUGAAUCGGUAGAUACGGUGUUGAUAAACGUGUCGGGUCGAUUGAUUAUGCUGAGUCCAAUCAAAAGAGAGGUCAUGAAUCCAUCUGAAAGUGACGACGAAGCAGACGAUAACUUCCAGUUGAAUCAACCAAUGCUGAUAGCGUCUUAUGUGGAGCAUAUUUGGUAUCAUCUCUCUGAAAGGCGCUCUUCCGAUUCACAUUGCAAACCUCACUUAACGCAGGCGCUUUGGAUUUGUUGCGGUGUUAAAGGAAUGAGGGUAUGGAUGCCAUUAUUAUUGGAAGGAGCACGUCGCAAUAGCGUAGUUGGUGGAAACUCAUUCAUAAAUAAGCGUAUCAUGUUGCCGUUCCAUCUGGAUAUUUACCCGAUAGCGUUGGGUGUCGAGAGCUCACCUACAUUUCCUGGUAACAGUGAUUCGUCCACUCGUCCUUUAUACAACUUACACCGAAAUAGUGAGGUCUUUUUGCAUCAUUUAUUAAGGCAGUUAUUGAAAAGAAAUUUGGGUGUAUACGCACUGGAGAUAGCGGCAACAUGCACUCAUCUGGCAUAUUUCGGGCAUGUUCUCGAAUUGCUUUUGCACAGUGUUCUUGAACUAGAGGCCACUUCAUCUGAGCCGAUUCCAGAUCCUUUAUUGCCUCGAGUGGUGGCAUUCAUACGAGAAUUCUCAUUGUUUCUGCAAACGGUAGCACAUUGCGCUCGCAAAACAGAGCUGGCAUUAUGGCCAGCAUUAUUCGCUGUGACAUCGCAUCCGAAAGAACUGUUCGAAAUGUGUAUUCGUGAGGAACAACUUGAAACUGCGGCCAGUUUCCUCAUCGUUUUGCAGAAUAUGGAGAGUAGUGCGGCAAGUCGGGAGCAUGCAUCAGUAUUACUGGAAGAAGCGUUGAUGAAACGACAGUGGUUAAUCGCACGUGAUAUAAUAAGAUUUUUACGUGCUAUCCAUCCAUCAGAUAUUGACUAUUCCACAUCACCUUCAUUCUCAAGUUCUGUUCCAAAUGCGACUACCAAUAUCAGUUCUUCUUCAUCUUCUUCUGCUGCUGCUGCUGCUGCUACUGGAUUGUCUUCGCCCAGGACGUCCACAUCGCAAUCUCAGAAACAUUCAUCAUCAUCGCAUCAAAACGUUGGCAAUGCGAAUGCCACCUCUUCAACAUCGAGACGAUCAACUGUCGUUUCGUCAUCAAAUGACAAUGAUCAAGCAGAUUCUUUUCUUUACACCUAUUCUCCCGCAGGAGUAAUAAAUCGAACCCGGCUAUCAUCAACAUCAUACAGUGAAUCAGUCACAGUCAAUAACGCAAAUACUGGUGCUUCUUCGUCGACUUCAGUUGUUUCAAGAAACGAAUCGUCACCAAAUGCUAUCUGUUCGAACACAACCUCUAUGCAUAAUCGUCUCGACCAAAUUCUUAAUCGUCACGCUAAACAUUUACUUGAAGACUAUAGUAUUCGUGAUCUUGGUGCAUUCGCAGCAUAUUUGGAUUUUGAUUUAUUGUCGUGGUUGUGUGAUGUGAGAAAUACAAAACUGAUCAGAAUCGAAGAUUAUGGCUUGGCAUUGAUGCGUUUGCAUGCACAAUUCAAAUGGCCGUAUCCGUUGGUGAGUCAAAGUGUUGUUGAUCAGUUGACGAAACGAAUCGAGAUGAUGCGCUCUUCGCAGAGUUGUGCUUCACUGGCCAGUUUGCAAUCGUCGUCGACCACAAUCAGUAGGUUAUCGUCACCGCAAACCGAGAAGCAUUUUUCGUUGCCCAGAAAUGGCUAUGGAUCUGGAUAUGAAAGCAUCGUUGAUGAGAACGAAGCAAAAAGCAGUAACAGUCACAGUGCUAAUGGUAGCAAUAAAUUCAUCACAUCAUCCUCAUCGUUCUCCAACGGUCGAAGUGCAAACUGGCAUAAGCAUACGACUGCUGAUAAUGUUGAGUCAUCGGAUAGCACGAAUCAAAUUGUGAUUCGUCCCAAUGGUAAUGAUGCAGAAGAGCAUUUACGACCCUCAUCACCAGAUUCCCGUUCAUUUGAUACUGUUUCCAAUUCGGGUAGUGACUGGGAAGGUCUUGAACGAAUAUGUGGUGAGGCAGCUGCGAGAGGGACGCAGGAGAGUGAAGUCGAAUUGAAGUUCAUGCUCGAUCUGAUGUAUCAAGCUGGGUGCAUUGAUUGGACACUUUUGUUGUGUUUAUUACGUCGAGAUUUUACUUUCCUAACGAAACAUGUGACGAUCGAAUUUAUUGUCAAUAAAUGUGGUGAGGUCAAUGUGGAUCGUUUGAAGCUUGCAACUGAGCAAUUAGCGCAAUGGGCCGAAUCAAGCUGCUUUGGUUAUCGUACAUUGAUCUACGCAUUCGAAAAGCAUCUUCAAUUGCUCUCUCUGCAACUUAUCUCUUCGCCGCCAACCACUACAACAAAAUCGUUACUGAUCGCUUGCGAUAAUAAUAAGAAUCAAGAUUCGUUGAAAUCAAUUCAAACCUCCAAUCAAUCGCAUAAACAUGUUAAUGCCAACGUCGAAUCUCGAAAUCCAACUUCUGAUCGCAUGACGAGUGCGAAUCAACUUGACUUUGUUCAUGACACAUCCAAUAAUCCGCACAUUCCACUUAUGAAUGGUAGUGUGAUGGAUGAUCAAACAGAUUCUGGACUGGGAUCGUCAACGGUCACUUCUGAAAUAGCGAUACCAGUAUCAUUAAGUAAAAGUGCGAGGACAGGCAGGAAUAUUGUGAAAAGUGAAGCAGAACGAAACUUAGUGAAGAGAUCAUUCAAUCCACCAAUACCAAACAGCAACAGCAAUAUCAACAGUAUCAACGAAUACUCUGAUCUGAGUUUGAAUCUGAAUAAACCAAGUGAUACUUAUAUGAAUAUGAAUAGGGUUCAUCAUGAUCAUCCUCUCCAAAAUGAGAUCGAUAUUGAAAAUGAUCAAUGCCUUAUCAUGUAG